AAAGCCAUAUCGGUUUUCGUGAGUUGUUUAUUGCUCAUUACAGCUGAAUCCACCGCCUCUCUCUACCUCUCUCUCUCCCCCCUCCUUUCUCUCUCUCACAAGCUCCACAUAAAUUGUCCAGAAUUGCAGAGAAAUCUGAAACGAAGAGAGAGAGAGGAGAGAGAGGAAGAGGAAGAAAAGGGCAGAGGUUAAUGCUCUGCACCAACCGCCUUACUCUUUCUUAAACCUCUCAAACCUCUCACUCUUCUGAGCUCACUACUUCACUUACACACACACGCACUCUCUCUCUGUAUUAGAAGGAAAGGAUGAGUAAACAAGAUGUCAUGAAGAUGCAGACGUGUGUUCUCAGAGUGAACAUACACUGUGAAGGAUGCAAGCAGAAGGUCAGAAAACUGCUGAAGAAGACCGAGGGAGUGUACUCUGCUAGCAUAGAUGCGGAGCAAGGCAAGGUAACAGUGCUCGGUCCCGUAGAUCCGUACACGCUCAUCACCAAGCUUGAGAAAUCAGGGAAACAUGCGGAGCUCUGGGGGGGAUCAGGAGGACACAAGAACGGCAACAACAACAACAACCACCACCAGUUCAACCAGAACCUUCUCAAUCUCAACCAACAAUUCAAGAACUUGCAGAUGGAGAAUGUCAAAGGAGGCAAAGACAACAAGUCUCAAAAGGGUAAUCAUGGAAAAGACCAGCAAAAGGGAGGAAAUAUGCAACAGCAGCUGGCUCAGCUGCAGCUGGAGCAGUUCAUGAAGGGCGGUGCUAAAGAUCUGAAGCUGCCAGCUAAGGGACAGAAGACUGUCAAGUUCAACUUGCCUGAGGAUGAUUUUGGGGGAAGUGAGGAUGAUUUUGAUGAUGAAUUUGACGAUGAGUUCGGCGACGAGUUUGAUGAAUUCGACGAUGAGGAGUUUGAGGAGGAGUUUGGCCAUGGUCAUCACCAUGUUCUCUCUAAGCAAGCCAAGAUGGGUGGUGGGGGUGGUGCGCAUGGACAUCAAGGGGCUAAAGGGAAAGGCGAUAAAAAAGGUGACGGCGGCAAGGGGGGCAAGGGGGGCAAAGGCGACAGCAAAACCGCCAAGAAGGGCAGCGGCUUCGACUUACAAGGGUUGAUGAAGAUGUUUGGUGGUGGUGGUGGUGGGAAAAAGGGUAAAGAGGGAAAGAAAAAUGAUGGUAAAAACGGUGGCAAGAACAAAGGAGGAGGUGGUGGUGGUAAACAUGGAGGCAAAAAUGGUGGUGACUUUCAAGGACAUGGUGGCAAGGAUGGAUUCAAUGAAGGGUCCGGCAAGAAGAACAAGGGCGGCAAUCACGGCGGUGGCGGCGGCGGCAAUGGAGGUGGUGGGGGCGGUGGCGGUAAAAGGGGGAGGAGGAGGAGGAGGAGGAGGAGGAGGCGGCAAGGGUGAUGGGGCCUUUGCAAUGAAUAUGAUGCACCCUGGAUUCCUCCAAGACGUGAAUGUCCCUAAUCAUGGCAUGGCCAGAGGUGGUGGUGGCUUUGGGGGCCCAAUGGGGCCCAUGGGCCCAAUGGGCCAGAUGGGCAAUUACCCAAUGGGCCAGAUGGGCCCCAUGCCAGCCGUGCAAGGACUGCCGAUGAACGGCGGGUACUAUCAAGGGGUGGGCCCGGGGAACCCGUACAGCCACCAGCAGCAGCAGCAGCAGCAGCAGCAGCAGCAGUACAUGGCCAUGAUGAUGCAACGACAGGCCCAAGCCCAACAUGCACAGGGCAACAACAUGUUCCAGCCGAUGAUGUACGCGCGGCCGCAAGCACCGAUGGGUUACGUCCCGCCGAUGCCGCCCCCGGCUUCGGACCCUUACGUCCACAUGUUCAGUGACGAGAACACCGACAGCUGCAGCAUCAUGUAAAUUAGUGGCUGAUGCUAGUGCAGCUUAUAUGUAGUGCUUCUUUAGGAUUUCAAUUUUGUUGGGUAGGUUUUGUGUCCGACUUAUGAAGGUAAGUCUUUUGGUUGAAAUGAGAGUGCAAGGUAUUGAAAAGUACCAUAUAGCUGAUGUACUAAUUAAGAAUCCUCAUCAAUCUCUCUGAUUUCAGCUUUCAGUUUCGUGACA